UACCGCCGUGGCAAACACACAAGGGCUCGCUUACACUACUGAACACCACACACUCGAUGGAAGGCAACUACAGCUGCCAUGAUGAACGAGGAACGUUACUGCAGUCCAUCAAACUACGCCUGGGCCAUCCGCCUAACUUCGUCAGAGUUUCUUGUCGUGUGCCGAAUCAUAUGAAAAUCUACUGCUCCUGGGUACAAACUAAGACAACACACCUGCCCACGUUAUACAGAACCUCCUACAGUGUUAAUAAAGGCAGAGAGGUGGAGCCCUGCGAGCAGGAGCACAUUGGGGUGAAUGAGUGUAUGAUUUCUAACCCACCGUUCUGGACCUCAAAGUUCCUGGUGAACAUCACCGAAAUCAACCCUCUGGGAUCCAACUCCACCAUCAUCCAGAUAGAUGCUCAUGAACUCUUGAAGCCGUAUCCUCCCGAGGACUUCCGAGUUCUUCAGGUGGAAGGUCAGCCCACUCAGUUACUGGUGCAGUGGAGUUGUCCUUCAUCCUGGCCGGCUGAAAUCCUGUCUGCUUUUCCCUUAACCUUCUCACUGCGCUACCGGCCGAUCGGCUCCAGCUACUGGUCGACACUGGAGACAGAGGACAACACUAGUUUAAAGAUCAUGGACGCUCUAGUGGGUCACCUGCAUCAGAUCCAGAUCAGAGCUCAGGACGCCCUGAUCAACCACAGCCAGUGGAGUGAAUGGAGUCAUGUGGUAGAGGCCCGGCCGUGGAUCGAGCCAUUGGAAGAGCCAACAGAGGAACCGAUGGAUUUUAGCUUUCCAUUUUUCAACUUGUCAUUUCCAGUGAGGACGACAGACAAGUCUCCAGAUUCAUCAUUUCACCAGAACGGAAGCCUCGGACUGUUGAUUUUGUUGGGUCUGUUUGCAGCGGUCAUGGUGUCUGUGUUAUUAACCAUCAUCACACUUCUACGGGUCAGACAGAGA